AUGGCCGGACAGCUCCAAGCAUCAACCUUCACGGGCGGAAUCGCACACCUCUUCAUCGGGCCCAACGAAAUCCUCUUCAACGUCCAUCUGAUCCUCCUCUGCUCGGCCUCGCCCUACUUCACCGCGCUCCUGAAGAAGACCCCAAACACAUACAUGAAAGUCCUCGCGACCGACCCAGACGUCUUCGCCGAGCUCGUGGCCUGGCUAUACAAGGGCUCUCUAUGCCCGGAUCUCUCACCAGAUUUCACGCUCGAGUUCGGGCUGCCGAAGGUUCUUUUCCUGUUGAAGUUGUGGAGAACGGCGUAUGGGUUCGAGAUGCACGAGUUGCAGGUCGCUGCGCUUGAGGCCGUCGAGCGUCUGCGUACGCAUCCGCAUCCGCAUUCUGAUUCCAAUGCGGCUGCUAGGAAAUUCCCCAGGAAAUACAAAAACGGCGGCAUUCUCAGCGCGGAAACCGUGGACUUUGUCUACGCGCAUACGGAGGCAGGGGAUCUGGCGCGCGAGCUGGUCGUUGAUGUGUGGUUUGUGCAUUCUUGCCCGGAGGCGUUUGCGUUGCAGAGGCGGGGGUUUCCGGUGGAGUUUGUGCUUGAUCUUUGUGAGCUGCUCAUUGAGCAGUUGCCUGCUUUGGAGAAUGGGAAGAUUAAGGAGAGUGAUGGGGUCGGUGAUGAGGGGAGUGGUGGGACCCUGGUCAGCUGCAGCGAUCGGGGGUCGGAGGUGCACCCUGACUCUUCGGCUUCGGCUUCUGGGUCGCGGAGGGGAUCGGGGGCACAGAAGCCCCAGGAACCAUGUCGUUGCGGACGUGGCCUGGCGAAGUGCAUGGUAUCAAUAAGUAGUCGGUUUGGAUAUGGCAUUGAGUAG